AUGCUCCUUUGGUUGCCCCGUGCCCUGGCGAAGGCAGUGACCGAGUCCCGACCUUGGCUUGGCUUGGAGGCAUGUCAGUCUUCAGAACCUCCGCGGGCUGAUGAUCCUCUGGAGAACCCAAAGUCCAAAGAGAACUUCAGGAAUUUCAAGGAGGGGGCGCUGGUUGACCGAGUCUACCACACUUACCUGCUCAUGCACACCAACCAGACAGUGGAAUUUGUGCAGAAGAAGAACGAGCAAUAUGGUGGCUGCAACCUCCGUCAGAUGACCAUCAUGGAGGCCCUGGAGUUGCUGGACAAUGUGGUGGAUGAAUCGGACCCCGAUGUGGACUUCCCCAACUCCUACCACGCCUACCAGACAGCAGAGGGGAUUCGGGAAAAACAUCCUGAGAAAGAUUGGUUCCACCUGGUCGGACUGCUCCAUGAUUUGGGGAAAAUUCUGGCCCUGUCUGGCGAACCACAGUGGGCUGUGGUAGGAGACACCUUCCCAGUGGGUUGCAAGCUGGAGGACUCCAUCGUUUUCAGGGACUCCACGUUCCACGACAAUCCGGACACAAGGAAUCCUCUGUACACGACCAAGUACGGGAUGUAUCAGCCCCACUGUGGCUUGGAAAAUGUCCUGAUGUCCUGGGGUCACGAUGAGUACAUGUACCAAGUGAUGAAGAAAAAUAAAUUUGCCCUUCCAGAGGAGGCCUACUACAUGGUGCGGUUCCACUCCUUCUACCCCUGGCACACCGGAGGGGAUUACAUGCACCUGUGCAACACCAAGGAUCUCCAGAUGUUACCCUGGGUGCAAGAGUUCAACAAAUUUGACCUCUACACCAAGUGUGAGCAGCUUCCGGACCCGCAGCAGCUGAAGCCCUACUACGAAAGCUUGAUAGCCAAGUACUGUCCCGGCCACCUGGACUGGUGA